AUGCUCCUCCGUCUCCUAAUACUACUCCAGGCGGUGGUCUAUGCCAUCUACUUAGGAUGGCCCAUGGACGAACAACUCCCCAAUGUCGCUCGUGUGGACCAGCCCUAUGAAUUUACAAUUGCUUACUUGACCUAUCGUUCCAACAACGGUGGGUCCAUCGCUUACUCUGCCCAUGGUUUGCCUGACUGGCUAUCAUUUGACGAGCUGAGCAGAACUUUCACUGGUACACCUUCUGAAGCUGAUGCCGCGUCUUUCCUGGUGACAUUGACGGGUAAAGAUGACUCUGAUGGUUCUGAAAUGUCUAGAGAGUAUACAAUGCUCGUGUCGAAUAGUACGGGCAUUAAGUUGUCUUCCCAAGACGUGAUGUUCACUACCAUCGCCAAGCAUGGAAACACCAAUGGCAGAGGUGGUCUUGUGUUGUCUGAAGGUGAAGACUUUAAUAUCCAACUCUCUAAGGAUAUGUUUGAAGAGAAGGAUGAUGCCCUGCGACCUAUCAUCGCAUAUUACGGUCGCUCUGUCGACAGAACCUCCUUGCCUAGUUGGAUACAUUUCAACUCUGAUGAUUUAACAUUCUCCGGCACUGUCCCAUAUGUCACGUCUAAUAUUGCCCCUUCUUCGGCAUAUGGCUUCAGUUUCCUCGCGUCGGAUUAUUACGGCUUUUCUGGUGCUGAGGCCACCUUCAGUAUCUUGGUUGGCGCUCAUUCAUUGAGUACGUCCCUCAAUGAGUCUAUCAAGAUAAACGGCACGUAUGGAUUGGAUUUUGAUUACGAUGUCCCCAUUUUGACUUCUGUGUAUUUAGAUGGUGAGGCAAUUACGCGUUCAAAUAUCUCUUCCGUGAGUGCUAGUGAUCUACCAUCAUACGUCCAUUUCGACUCGUCGGAAUUCACCUUGAGUGGAACCUUCCCUAAUUCACUGAGAAGUGAUAAUUUCUCCAUCACCGUGAGUGAUUUCCAUGGUAAUACUGUGGAUUUGCCUUACAGAUUCGAAUCAAUUGGAUCGGUCUUUACUCUUGACGAUUUACCGGAUAUUAACGCUACACGAGGAGAGUUCUUUGAAUUCCAGAUUAUGCACUCGCUAUUCACGGAUUUUAAUGAUACCCAGGUGAGUGUGUCUUUCGAUAAAAACUCUGAUGAUUGGUUGUCCUACGAAGAGUCAAACAUGACACUUGUAGGUAAUGCGCCAUCCAAUUUAAAGCUGUUGGCUGUUAAAAUCGAUGCCGAAUCAUCCUUCGACUCUGAAUCAAGGGAGUUUUCAAUUAUUGGGGUAGAUGGAAAGUCUUCAACUAGCUCUUCAUCAACUAGCUCGAGCUCUUCCGCCACUGCUACAUCUUCGUCGAGUGCUUCUAUGUCGCCCAGCACCACACCCGAUACAGUGAACAGAUCACUGGAUAAUGGUAACAAUCGGAAGGCGUUGAUUCUCGGACUUUCCAUCGGUCUUCCAUGUUUUUUCCUUGCUUUAGCACUUAUAUUGAUUCUAUUCUUGUGCUGCAGAAAGAAGAGACGGAAUGAUGAUGAAGAGAACGAAAAGUCUGUGGAAGACACUAUUAUUGAUGGACCUGGAAUCGGUGUUACCCAUGACAUGGACGACCACACCGAGACACCUUAUCAAUUGGGCGCUUUGAACGCCUUAAAACUUGAUGACGACUCUGCCUCUACGCUGUCUUCAGUAACUCAUGUGGAUAGUGAUAAUGACUCAAGGUAUUUUGAUGCAUCAGAGAAGCCAAUGAAGUCCUGGAGGGCCAAGGACGACUCGGACUUGAUGGCUGUCAAAAAUAAGCUUAUGCAGCAAAGGCAUGCAUCAGAGAUCUCCAAUAGCACCGUGAACACUGAAGAGCUCUUCGCUGUUCGUCUUGUCGACGACGAGACGAGGAAAUCUGCUUCCCAGUCACCUGGUAUCACCCCUCUUUUCCUGAGAGAUUCGCUAAACCAGAUAAUAGGGGAAAGCGGCUCGUCUGCAAAUGUACAAAGACUUGACAGUGAUGGCAAUAUCGUCCUAGAUUCGAAUUCCAACACGUCUUCGCCAAAGAAGCGGGCUGCUCAGAGUAUGAAUCUCAGAAAUAUAGCCGAGGAGGAUAACCGAACACAUAAUACGGAGGCUUUCUACCGUAACAAAAACGAUGAAUCAUCCAACUAUAACUUGAUGUCCAAGUAUUUCAAUGAGGCAGGUUCGAACAUUGAUGUGGAUGACUUCAAAGCCGUUCAAACGCCAGUUGGUAACUACGAGUGGAGGAGAUCCAAAGACGCUCUUGUCUCUCCCGACUCCGAGACUUUCCUUCUUAAUAAUCCGGAACACACUCCCGUGAAUUCCAAUCUUGCAGAUUCUGGUAACUUUGCUAAGAAUGUUUCCAAGACGUCGGUGUAUUCUGACGAUCUUCAUAGCGACUUCCCCUUCGGUUCGAACAAUGCUGAUAGCAAAGCCAAACUAGUUGAAUUCACUAGAAAGGGCAGUUUAAGGGACUCGUCGCACACCCCCACCAUGGAAUUUUCUGGUGAAACAGCUCAGUUUCAUGAUGGCGAAAGUGGUGAGAGUGACUAA